AUGGCUCAAGCAGAGUCAUCCUCAGCCCCUCUCAAGCGACAGUUGUCCAUCGAAGACGAUGAUGGCGCACAAUCUGGGCCGGUGUCACGCGCUGUCGAGAUCAAAAGGCGGUCCGCAUUCGCACCGCCAAGAAGCGCGCACCCCGGCCUCACUGGUUGCCGCUCCGUGUACAGCUACUCGCGGUUAAACCACAUCGAGGAAGGGACAUACGGUGUCGUGUUCCGCGCACGAUGUAACGACACGGGCAAGAUUUACGCACUCAAGAAACUCAAGCUCGACGAGGAGCGCCAGGGCUUCCCCAUCACAAGCUUGCGCGAGAUCAUGGCGCUCAUGACCGCCGGCGAGCACGAGAACGUCGUUGGCGUUCGCGAGGUCGUCGUGGGCGACACGCUGAACCAAAUCUUCAUCGUGAUGCCCUUCAUCGAGCACGACCUCAAGACGCUCCUCGCCGACAUGCCGCACGCGUUCGUGCAGUCCGAGAUCAAGACGAUCAUGCGCCAGCUGUUGUCUGCCGUUGCGCACUGCCACUCCCACUGGAUUCUCCAUCGCGACCUGAAGACGUCCAAUCUCCUCAUGAGCAACCGCGGGCAGAUCAAGGUGGCUGACUUUGGCCUUGCUCGCAAGUUCGGCGACCCGCUUGGAGACAUGACCCAGCUAGUCGUGACUCUGUGGUACCGCGCACCCGAGCUGCUCCUCGGCGCUAAAGAGUACACAACAGCUAUCGACAUGUGGUCCAUCGGGUGCAUCUUUGCCGAGUUGAUACAGACAGACCCGUUGUUUCCGGGGCGAGGCGAGAUCGACCAGUUGAGCCGGAUCUUCAACCUCCUCGGCAAGCCCAACGACGACAUGUGGCCAGGGUUCUCCCGCCUCCCGAACGCAAAGAGCAUCAACCCCACCGGGCCAACUUUCUCGACUCUGAGACAAAAGUUCAAGCACCUCACAUCAAACGGCCAUGCGCUCAUGGCUGCGCUUCUCUGUUAUGACCCCGAGCGGCGCAUCUCCGCGGCCGAGGCGGUAGAGCACCCCUACUUCUCCGAAGAUCCUCUGCCCAAGCCGCCCGACCAGUUCCCGUCAUUCCCCAGUGUCGCGUCAGGGGAGAGGCGAGCCAGGCUUUUGGCGAGUCCGCGAGCACCUGCCCACGAGGAGGCGGGGGACACGGAAGGAUUGGAUCGGCCGAGCACACACGAUCUUGAGAAGCUCGUGUAA